GGCAGUUUUCCGCUACUUCACAGAAGGAAGAUUCUAGAAAGUGCUAGAUAUCCACGAAAGUGCAAUUGCACUUUCGAGAACACAAGCUUUUUGUGUAUGCUUGUGCAUGCGAAUCGUACAAGAAAGAGUGUAUUAUUGGUUCGUUUACCUUCCUUGCUCUCUGUCAGGAUUGAAGAUCAUAAUUAUCGCAGUCAUCCGCGAUCCGUUUUCCCCAAGUUCUGAUUGUGAGCACCAAUCACCAGAUAAUCUCAUGAUGUUUAUUGAUUUUACUCUGAAGUUCGGAGUGUGAGGUUGAGUUUUUGCUGCUCUCCACGGGUUUGUUAGAUAACUAUUCUCCGUCUGAAUUAGCCAAGAGAUCCUUCGAGUUAUUUAUCACAGAAACAUUGAAUCCGAAUGUCGUGGCGAGUGACGAUUCAGUAGGCAAAUUGAAGCGUUGCCCUUUUUGCGGAUUGCACUUUCAAAAAUGCGAACUAUUUCACAUUUGCAAAGUGCAAAACGGAAUCGUAUGUUGAAUGGCAUUAAGUAGUGCUCAAAUCCACAAGAUGUUAAUUCUGUAUUCAAUAACAUUGCGCUUUCAAUGCGAAGAAAGCUUCUCGCAAUCGAGAAUCUCAGUAGCGAUUUCUGUUCAAACAAAUUGAAGUUGUCAUUUUCUCAGAAAUGGCCCCAAAGGACUCGGGAAACAGAAGUGAUCUUUGCCGAUACCAAGCAAGCACUCAUGGGGUCAAGCAACAACACGCAUCGUUUCAAUCAAUCGACCAUUCCCCAAUCGACAAUGUUCGUCAAACAUCACACAAUGUACACACAACUGCCCCAAACACUCAAGUCCAUCCACAACUUUUGAGCCAUGAGAACGUCAAUCACCACACUAUUCAACAAGCCCAGCUAUCCCGAAAUCCAUAUCAUACGCACGUUAUAUUACAAAACAAGAUCCGGACCCUCCAGAAUGGAUUCAAUUCCCUUGGUGUCGACGUCCCAUUUGAUCUUUAUCGAAAUGAAAUUGGCGGAUAUCACGCCGAAAGUGAUGGGAUAGAGAGCAGUCCUCAGCAGUAUUUCACUGCCGACAAUUCAUGUAACUCCCAAAGCCAAUUAUACACUCCGAAUCCGAUCUCCACACAAGCUCAUUCGCUAUUCCACGGAUACUCGACUCAAUAUCUCGCCCCCGCGAGCACAGCCUCACACACUAUACAGCCCACAGAAGAUGAUUGUACAUGGUCCGAAAUAAGUCAUGAGUACGAUAACAAGGACCAAGAUGUGAUGGGUUCGAGCAAUGAGCUGUAUGGUACCGGAGCUCAAUUCCAAGUCUCUUCGUACGAUGUUCCACGAUACUUUGCUUCGGUCUCUCAUUUGGAGACGGACACAAUGCAAGGAUCAUUACCGCCUACCACUUGAUGAAAGAUGGAACUUUUGAUCGGGGUGUUGCAAUCGAGCAGAAUUGGUUUAAAUCUUGAAGAGGCAAAAGUUGGGAUCCGGGCAACAGGGGAGAUACCAGACGGGCUAGUUCUCUUAGAGUUUGAACGUCCAACGAUUCAGGAUUGGGACGUUCUUAUGAAACAUAGUAUGAUAGAUAGUGUAGAUGUGAUGAUAGACAGACAUAGUAAUGGUAGCAACAACGCAUCUCCUGACAUCCAAAUUUGCGGCAAGAUCAUGUGAUAUCAACCGGACUGUCAUGCUUUUUGUGAUCAUACAAAACUUCAGAUCUCUUCUUCACUGAAUUACGCUGCGCCCAAUUCUCAAAGCGCAGGUACAACCGCGCCACGUUUGUCGUAUUGUAACAUAUGUUGAUCAAUUGGUCAGAUUAUUUAUUAUCCUGGAACACAAAACAACUGAAAUCGCACUGUACCAAGUAGUUGAUCCCUCGACUGUACAGCGACGGACAAACUCUCAUAAACCCUUGUUUAAAUGGUGUGGCUGAACCCCCACCAUACACUGGGCCAGUCGAAAAGUGGCAGAAAUCCGAACUGUUCAUGCAACCUUAGCAUGCAUACUUGAAAUGCGAACAGGCACAUGAAUGACAUGAUUGGGGAUCGUAUUCGUGCCAGCCACAACACAGAAUUUACCGAACGGGGUUCGGUGUGGCUUGUUUUCAAUCCUUGUCAAUUGGCUGCUGUGCCAGGAGACCGAGUGACCAGGAUGAAUCGAAAUUCAACGGAGCACCGGAGCGAUUACGAUGAUGGAUAGAAGGCCGAACCUCUCGGCCGCUUGUGUAUUCAGCUUCGAAAUUUAAUAUUAUCAAGCGCAUAGAAGGAGAAAUGAUUCCAUUUGCAAUACAUUCAUUCAGA